CGUCGCCGCCGCGACGUGCGGCCGUGCGCUCCGGCUACGGCGCCGGCGCGCUCGCUGAUUCUCUCGUCGCCGGUGGCUCGGUGCGACACCUUGGCCGUGACUGGUGCUGCGGGCUCAGGAUCGGGGGCUCCCGCUCCUCCCCAGAAACCCUUGCGGCUGCCUGCUUCUCUCCUCCCCAGGAACCCUUGCGGCCGCCUCCCGCCCGGCGCCAUGCUCUCCGGGGUGAAGUUCAUCCCUCGGGAGCAGAUCCGCGAGGAGGCCCUAGGCGGCGGCGCCGGCUCGGGGUCCGACGGCUCCGAGGAUAAGCGGCGGGCGAAGCGGAACAGGAAGGGGAGGGACAAGGAUGAGAGGAAGGGCAGGAAGCACCGGCGGAGGAGGAGCAAGUACAGCUCGGACGACUCCGAGGAGGGGUCGGACAGCGGGGACUCGAUCGACGAGGAUGAGGAGAAGGAAUUGAGCCGGAGCAAUCGCCGGAGCAAGCGUCGGAGGCGGCGCCACGAGUUCUCCGAUGACGAUUCCGAGGAGUCCAGUGGUGAACCUGACAAGAGAAGAGGUAGUGGCAAGAGCAAGCGGAGAGGCGCCACAGUUGACGAUGAGGAUGAGGAUGAGGAGGCGGGAGUUGCAGACGAGGAGUUGAGAGCGAGCGAGAUUGUCAGAAAGGAGAUGGGACUUGAGUGGAUGCUCAAGUCGGCAAGCAGUGGUCGGGCUGAGAGCAGCCAUUCUCGCGGGACUGACAAAGAUAAUGAGGAGAUUGCACAAGAAGAGGUGAAGAAAGCCAAUCCGAAGGAAUUGAAUCCAUACCUGAGGGAUAAUGGCAGUGGGUACCCUGAUGAAUCUAGCCCUUCAAAUGCAGGCAAUCAGUUGCUUGCUUCCUCUGUUGUUGGCGAUGGAGGUGCUAGCUGGAGGCUCAAAGCUUUGAAGCGUGCAAAAGAGCAAGCAGCUCGGGAAGGAAAAAAUCUUGAGGAGGUUGUUGAAGAGAGAUGGGGCUCAUUAGGCCACCUAGCUGCAUCAGUAUCCGCAUCUAGAGCUGCCCCUUCUCAUGCCCAUCUGCAUGCCAUUAGAGGCAGAAAAUCUGGGCAAGCAGGCAGCUCAGAAGAACAUGUCAAAGAAAAUCUGAAGGAAGGUCAGUCAGGUGGAGCCGGUGGCAGUCGUGAAUAUUUGCGAGAUGUUUCCUCUCGACAUCAUGUAAUGAGAAAACCUAAGCCUGAUUCUGUACCAUGGAAAAGGAAUAAGCAUAACAUUUCUUCUGAAGAUCAGGCACUUAUCUCUUCAGCAAUAGCAGGAAUAAAUAAGUUCUCUAAUGAUGGAAGCUUUUUGGAAAAGAUUAAUAAUCUUGAGAGUAAGAACGCAAAAGUUUCAACUUCAGAGGUUGAUGAGCCAAAGUCUGAUAAGGAUAGUUCAAAGAAAGCACCUCCAGUGAGCACUCAAAAGCUAAAUGCAAACCAGCUAGCGGCAAAAAUUCUGCAGCUUAGAAUGAAAGGAAAGCAUGAAGAAGCUGAACAACUUUCGAGAGAAAUGGAGGCAGUGCUGGAGAAUGAGGAUACUGCUGUUCAAGAGCCUAGGCAUGAAGUCAGGAGCUCAACCAGGCACACAAUAAAGCCUAGUGCAGCUGAUCGCAGGAAAAGAGAAGAGGAUGCUGACCAGCAUCUUGCAAAUAAAAUCAUGCACAAUAAACAGUACAACAUGUCUAAAAGUAUAGAGGAUGAAUAUGAUUUUGGUGAUGCUCCCAGCAAGAAAGGCAAAAGGAAGAACAAAGAAGCUCAUGAGGAGAGAAGCACUCAUAGGCAUCUCACAACUCAGAAAGAGCGCUGUUUGUAUUGCUUCGAGAACCCUUCCCGGCCAAAGCAUCUGGUUGUUGCUAUAGGAAACUUUGCUUACUUGAUGCUGCCACAGUUUGAGCCUCUUGUCCCUGGGCACUGUAUUAUUCUGCCAUUGCAGCAUGAGUCUGCAACAAGAACAGUUGAUAGGAAUGCCUGGGAGGAGAUCCGGAACUUUAAGAAGUGCCUCCUGAAGAUGUUCUUGCAGCAAGACAAGGAUAUGGUUUUCAUGGAGACUGUUAUAAGCUUGUCCAAACAACGGAGGCACUGCAUGAUUGAAUGCAUUCCUAUCCCCUCCAAUGUUUCAAACAAUGCGCCCAUGUACUUCAAGAAGGCAAUUGAUGAAGCUGAAGAAGAAUGGACACAGCAUGACAUGAAGAAACUUAUUCCAACGAAAGGUAACCUGCACCAGGUCAUCCCAGAGAACUUUGCCUACUUUCAUGUAGAGUUUGGGCUGGACCGUGGAUUUGUCCAUGUCAUAGACGAUGAGAGUAAAUUCAGUGCUGGCUUUGGGUUGAACGUCAUCAGAGGGAUGCUCCGUUUGCGAGAAGAGGACAUGCAUCGGCGCAGAAGGCACGAGUCGAUGGAUAAUCAGAAACAGGCCGUUGCUAAUUUCAUGAAGGACUGGGAGCCCUUUGAUUGGACUAAACAACUUGAUUAGAUGAUGUAAUUACAGUCACCAGAACAUCUGUAAGAAAACUCUGGUGGAAUUUGUACUACAAAUUUUUGUAGGAAA